ACAUUCACAUUACCUGUAUAAACAGAAAAAUGUAAGACAAAUAAAAAUAGUAUUUAGGCUCUUUUCCUCUCAUAACCCCAAGCUGCUGCUUUUCUUUUCUCUCUGGUCUAGUCCUAUUUCCAAAGCAAAGCACAGGGACAUAAAGACUGCAGCUUCUUUCUUUGCACUCUCUCUCUAGGCUAUCUACUACUUGUUCCAGUUUUUUUUUUUUAAAUUAUUUUUUGUAGGUCUCUUUUUUCUCUCAACUGUCCUGUCUGACUGUCUUUUUCUCAAGUGCCCUAGGCUUCUCCACUGGUCUUAAACAAACUUUGCAGGCUUUACAAGCCUCACCACACAUUAUACACAAUCGCUCUCUCUCUCUGAGGUAUCUGCCAAAGAUUAUAAAAGAACCCACAGAAGUCACUGCAAAAGCUUUCACAAACUUUCUCUCUUAAGUCUUAACAUACCCAACACACCAAACAAAGCUAUUAAACCCAACCAACCAUCCCAAAAGCAACCUAAACUAAACACCCCACUCUCUCUCUCUCUCUCUCUCUCUCUCUCUCUCUCAUGGACUUCCAUCUGAAGCAAUGGAGAAACCAUCAGCAUGAGUCAGAACAACAACAACAACAUUCCGUAAAGAUACCAAAACUUCUCCUUGAGCCCCAUCAACAACAACAACAACAACAGCAGCCACAAAUACAAGCAUCUGCCUCUGCUCUCCCUUUGUUUGUACCUGAACCCAACAGCAAAAUCAGCUCUUUGUCAGCUUAUCCUGAUUCAACAUUAGCUACUACCAGAUUUCCCAGAAUGAGUAGCUAUUUCAGUUUGGCCCAGUGGCAGGAGCUUGAACUACAGGCUUUGAUAUAUAGGUACAUGUUGGCAGGUACUGCUGUUCCUCCUGAGCUUCUUCAGCCCAUCAAGAAAAGUCUUCAUAUUUCACCUUACUUCCUCCAUCACCCUCUUCAACAUUAUCCACAUUUUCAGCCUGCUUUGUUUCAAUCUGGGUAUUGGGGAAGAGGUGCCAUGGAUCCAGAGCCAGGGCGUUGCCGGAGGACGGACGGAAAGAAAUGGAGGUGCUCGAGGGACGUGGUGGCCGGCCAGAAGUACUGUGAGCGCCAUGUGCACCGUGGACGAAACCGUUCAAGAAAGCCUGUGGAAAUCCCCACACCCAUGACCUCUGUUACUUCUUCUACUGCUACUACUACUACUAUUGCUGGUUGUGGUGGGACUUUCAAAGCUACCACAACAGUGGCUAGUGGGACUCCUUUUCCUCUUUCAGGCCCAUCUCCUUCCAUUGAUCUGCUUCACCUUAAUCAAAGUUCCAUAGGGUCCAAAACUGAGAACAAGAGUGGUCUCUUCGAAUCCCAACAUGAGGUAUCCGCAGAUGGUAAAUCUGAUGGCCAUGUUCUGCGCCAUUUUUUCGAUGACUGGCCACGAUCACUUCAAGAAUCUGAUAAUGCCGGAAGCAAUUCUAGCCCCAUGAAUUCUGCCACUUGCCUCUCAAUUUCAAUGCCUGGAAAUUCAUCGUCGGAUGUGUCAUUAAAAUUGUCCACGGGCAUCGGAGAAGAGCCUGGCUCCAGGGAUAGCAAUGCAGAGUCGGAGCAACUGCAAUUGAAUUGGGCUUCUGGGUGGGCAACAAAUCAUGUUUCUUCAAUGGGGGGCCCGCUAGCGGAGGCAUUGAGAUCUUCAACCUCAAAUUCAUCACCAACGAGUGUUCUUCAUCAGUUGCCCCGUGGUUCUGCAUCUGAGACUAGCUUUGUCAGCACUUGAAUUUUGCUGGGAUUUUGAAAAAUUAAAUAAUGUGGUUCUGUUUCCGCAAUUUCAUUUCCUUUCUCGUGGUUUUUUCUGGACAGUUUAACAUCCUUCUCAUAAUCAACUCUAGUAUAAAUUGCAUGGA